CCUCUCAAUCUCAACUCCUCUUUGUAGUGCAUAGACAUCACAUCUGCCGCAACCAGAAAUCGAAGAUGUACAGAACAAUGUCCGCUGAGAUGACGGUUGAUGUACCGGAAACCGAAGCGUGGAAGUUCUACGACACUCUACAGCUCCCCAAAGUGGCAGAGAAAGCCAACUCCGACUUUAUCAGCCGGGUCGACGUCGUCCAAGGAGACGGCGGCGCCGGAACCAUUCUCGAGGCCGUUUUCCGUCCAGGGAUGGGAGGGGGAAUGAAGUCGUUCAAGGAGAAAUUCGUGGUGGUGGAUAACGAGAAGCGUGUGAAGGAGGCAGAGGUUGUGGAAGGAGGAUUUCUGGAUCUAGGGUUCACGCUGUAUCGCUUCCAUUAAACCAUACAUUGGCCUCAUGCUGCUCUGUGCUAAGUAUUUGCUCCGCAACAAUGACAAUUGAUCAACUAUAGCCGCAACAAUGACAAUUGAUCUACUAUUAAUUUGGGACUGCGUGUUUUACUUUCAUGUUUGCUAAAAUAAAUUUCUAUCCUCCAACUAUAUAUCUCUGUA